AUGGCUACCGCGAACGUUAAUUUUGAACUUUUUUUACGUAGUUUUAUAAAUGAAGAUAGUGAAAAAAACCAAUUGCAUGUUAUUCCCAGAGAACAGUACAGUGAUCUGAUAAAUGAAGUGAAAGCCGCGAGAAGUGCUCGGAAUAAAACCCCCCAACAGAAGAGACGUGUUAGGCGGUUUAAUGUUAUUGAAAUCGGGGGUAUAGAAAAGUUGGUGAAAGCAACGGGAACCGAUGACAUUGUGUAUUUUGUUCCAUUGGAGGAAGUAUACGGAACAAUUGAAGCGACUCAUGCUGCUAUUGGACACGGAGGUCGAGACCGGUUGAAAGCAGAGCUUGGUCGCAAAUAUGCUAACAUUACGAGACCUAUGAUCGAAAAGUUUCUAGGGAUGUGCGAGGUCUGUGCCGGGAAGAAAACCAAACGAAAAAGAGGACUCGUGACGAAGCCCAUCCUGCACAAACAGCUAAACAGUCGCUGCCAGGUCGAUCUUGUGGACAUGCAGAGUCAAGAAAUCCAAGGGAAACGGUUCAUCCUCAAUUAUCAAGACCACUUAACAAAAUUUAUUCAGCUUCGAGCCCUCUCGCACAAAACAGCUGAGGAAGUAGCUGCGCACUUGAAGGACAUCUUCUUAACUUUUGGGGCACCGUGUAUCCUUCACAGCGACAACGGUAGGGAAUUCGUCAAUAAUAUUAUUAAGUGCAUGAAAAUACAUUGGCCGGAGUUGCAACUGGUCAACGGUAAGCCGCGCCACAGUCAAAGUCAGGGAUCCAUUGAGCGCGCCAACCAGGACGUGGAAAAUAUGUUGGCGGCGUGGCUAAUUGACAAAAAGACGAACCAGUGGCCCGACGCGUUACCUUUCAUCCAGUUCAUGAAAAAUCGUGCUUAUCACGCCGGUAUCAGAAUGAGCCCAUACGAAGCAUUAUUCGGAAUGAAGCCAAGAGUUGGUCUCACUACAAGCAGUUUGACGCCGGAUAUGUUGGCGAAUGUUGAGACGGAGGAGCAGCUGGAGGAGUUAUUGGCUUCCUCACAGGUCAAUGAAGAAAAUGACGAAGAAAACGACGAGAAUGAACCG